CUUUAAUUUUGGUGUUGUGGUUGCAAAAGAAGAGAAUUUUUGGAACUCCAAUUCACCCCCCCUCUUGGAGUACAUUGAGUCAACAAUUGGUAUCAGUGUAAGGGCUCUAAUUUGAAGGUUUAAACACCUAGGAGUUGAUCAAGGAUGGCUCAAUUUCAAGCUUCUCAACCACUUGAAGGUUUGUCUACCACUAGGCCUCCUUUCUUUGAUGGGACUAAUUAUAAUUAUUGGAAGAAUAGGAUGAAGGUCUUUGUGCUUGCAAAUGUGCCCAAAGCAUGGAUUGUGACUAUGAAAGGUCCAUAUGUACCUAUGAAAGUUGUUGGAGAAAGAGAGGUGCCAAAGGAAGAAGUUGAAUGGAAUGAUGAAGAAUUGGGGACUCAACCACUUGAAGUUUUGUCUACCACUAGGCCUCCUUUCUUUGAUGGGACUAAUUAUAAUUAUUGGAAGAAUAGGAUGAAGGUCUUCUUGCUUGCAAAUGUGCCCAAGGCAUGGAUUGUGACUAUGAAAGGUCCAUAUGUACCUAUGAAAGUUGUUGGAGAAAGAGAGGUGCCAAAGGAAGAAGUUGAAUGGAAUGAUGAAGACUUGGGGAAGAUCAUGAUCAACAACAAAGCAAUCAACAUGCUUUAAUGUGCUCUCAAUCCAACGGAAUUCCAUAGAGUAUUUGGAUGUGAUACGGCCAAGGAGAUGUGAGACAUGUUGGAGGUAACACAUGAAGGAACAAGCCAAGUGAAGGAGUCAAAAAUCAAUAGACUCAUUUACA